UAGACAAGAAAUAGUUACAAGAAGAGUAGCCGCCAUGGAUGCUGAAGUGGGAGCUCCUGCUAGGCUUGAGGGGAAGUUUGCUGCAAUCUUAGUGUGUUGGCUUCUUGGAAUCGGCUGCCUUUUUGCUUGGAACAGUAUGUUAACCAUUGAAGACUACUAUGCUCAACUUUUUCCGAAAUACCACCCAGCAAGGGUGCUUACCCUUGUUUAUCAACCCUGUGCACUUAUGGCCACGGCGGCAUUUGCAUACAACGAGGCAAAAAUAGAUACUAGAAAACGCAAUCUUUUUGGGUUUUAUCUUUAUCUCAUCGGCAUCGCUUUGGUUCUUGUUCUGGAUUUAGCCACUUCUGGUAGGGGAGGAUUAGGGCACUAUAUUGGAAUAUGUGUGUGCAGUGGUUUAUUUGGAGUUGCUGAUGCUCAUGUUCAAGGUGGUAUGAUCGGAGACCUUUCAUUCAUGUUGCCUGAGUUUGUUCAGUCAUUCCUUGCAGGUUUGGCUGCUUCGGGGGCUUUAACAUCUGCAUUGAGGUUGUUUACCAAGGCGAUAUUUGACAACUCGAAGCAUGGCCUUCGAAAGGGAGCCAUUAUGUUCUUUGCGAUCUCUGUGUUCUUUGAGCUGCUAUGUUGCUUUUUAUAUGCGUUUGUUUUCCCCAAGCUGCCAAUUGUGAAAUACUACCGAAAGAAAGCAGCUUCAGAGGGUUCCACUACUGUUGCUUCGGACCUUGCUGCUGGAGGUGUUAGCACCCAAGGAUUAGAUGAAACUGAGGAGAGUCCUAAACAGCUGGAGCGGCUAAGCAACUACAAAUUAUUGUUGCAGAAUGCGGAUUAUGCAUUAGCUAUUUUUCUGAUAUAUGUGUUGACACUCUCAAUUUUUCCUGGAUUCUUAUCGGAGGACACUGGAUCCCACGGCUUGGGCUCAUGGUAUGUCCUUGUCCUGAUUGCCAUGUACAACGUGUGGGAUCUCAUCGGGAGAUAUGUACCCCUCAUGAAAUGCACUAAACUGGAAUCCAGAAAGGGUCUUCUGAUAGUGAUUCUCAUGCGAUUCCUGCUCGUUCCGCCUUUCUACUUUGCAGCAAAAUAUGGGGGCCAGGGUUGGAUGCUUUUCUUGACCUCUUUCUUGGGGCUAACUAACGGUUACCUAACUGUCUGUGUGCUAAUUUCUGCUCCAAAAGGUUACAAGGGACCAGAGCAAAAUGCGUUGGGCAAUAUACUGGCUUUGUUCCUUAUAGGAGGUAUAUUUGCAGGUGGAGUUCUUGACUGGCUAUGGCUAAUUGGUAAAUGUUGGUAAACUAAACAGGGAAGAAGAUAGAAUGUUGUAUAUUCAGAAGUCUGAACCGAAACUAAACAAUGGUGAAUCUAGAAAACCAGUAUCACUGUUCUUACAUUACAAAGUGA